AUAAUUUAAAUUACAUUUUUCACGUCGUUUUAUUGAGAAUUGAUUUUUUAUAAUGUUUUAGUGUCAAUAUUUUAAUUUUUAUAUUUCUUAGUAGUUGGUACUUAUAAAAUGUAGAAUUUAUUUGUCAACUUUGUCAUGAAUAAAUUUAUGAAAAACAAACGACAAAGUACAGUAUUAAGUGGCAUCUGUUUCAUAAUUUUCUUGAUUAUCUUUAAUAAUAAUGGAAGUUUGUAGAAUUUGUCUGAGCAAUGCUAUUGAUAAGGAUAUAACUCAGUUGAGUACUGACGAUAAUGGACAUUCAAAAAAUUAUACACAUAUAAUACUGUUUUGUUUAGACAUUCAGGUGAUACAAGAUUCAAAAAUGACCACAAAGUUAUGUUCAAAAUGCUAUAAAAAAAUUGUGUCCUUUUAUAAAUUUAAGACACUGGCAUUGAAAAAUGACACCUAUUUGAAGUCUACCACAGGCACUGAUAUAAAAAAUGAGGUAUUUGUAAGAGAUGAUAUCAAGACUGAGAUUGAAUCGGAGAGCAGUGAUGAAUUUCCUGAUUUACCUGAUGAAAAGAGUGAUGUGAAGGAUGAUUUGUUCUUGAAGGUUGAUGAUAAUAUAAAAGACAAUGAUAAUAUAUCAGAUGAUGAAUUUUUGAGUGUUAUUAAAAAAAUUAAAUAUGAACAUAUUACAGAGGAAACCAAGGAAAAUGAUCCAUUCAAAAGAAAUAAAAAGAAGUAUAAAAAGUUAAAAGGUCAGGGCAAGCUUCAAGUUUGCGAGGAAUGUGGCAAAACAGUUCGCAACCUAAAACACCAUUUACUUCAACACCAACCAGCUGCGGACCGUAAACGAAUUCCAUGUAAAUUGUGUGAUAAAACAUUUGCAUCACAUAGUGCCAGAUAUAAACAUAACAAGAUCAACCAUCUUGGUAUUAAGCAAAGAUGUAAUAUUUGUAACAAAUAUGUUGUGAACGCAAGAGCGCACCAGAUGGUCAUGCAUAACUCGAAAGAGCUGCGACACAAGUGUGUGUCGUGUGAUCGCGGGUUUAUAUCACAAUCGGCGCUCGACGUCCACAUGGUCACACACACCAAGGACCGGCCGUUCGGUUGUGGUAUGUGUGAGAAAUCGUUUCGCACUAAAAUUACUAUGUUACAACACAGGAGACAGGUGCAUGAGAAAGAGAAGUCACACUUAUGUCAAUUUUGUUCGAAGAGCUUCUUUAAGAAAUAUCACCUACAAAUACAUUUAAGAAGUCACACGAAGGAGAAACCAUAUGAAUGUCCCGAGUGCGGCAAAUGCUUCUCUUCAACUUCAAUCUUGAAAAAUCACCGACUUAUCCACACAGAUGUCAAAUUAUUCGCCUGUACACACUGCGACAUGACAUUCCUUAGAUCAGGGUACUUACGAGCCCACAUGGUGAGUCAUACCAAGGAGAAGCGAUUCCCGUGCAAGUACUGCGGAGUCAGAUUUGGCCGCUCCGAUCAUCGUAAACGGCACGAGCAUACCGCACACGAACGGCACCUGCUCAUCACCUAGCGACGCUGGCUAUUGCCAAGUAAAUCCUGGCCAUGGCCAAGUAAAACCUACUCGUUGCCAAGUAACGCUUGGUCCUCGCCAAGUAACGUCUAGUCGC